GGCGACCGUGCCAAGUUCGUGGAUGUGGCAUUCGACCUUGCAGACCUCUUCCUUUGGGCGGUCGUAUGUGUUGGGCUGGCGGCUGAUGCCGUGGAACCUUACUUCGUCGUGGACUGCCUCUUCGUCUUUCUGGCCGAGCACAUCGUCUGUGAGCCCUCCUACAUGGUCCUCUACGAGCACAUCGUCUGUGAGCCCUACUACAUGGUCCUCGUUGUUGUUCUGGCCAAGCACGUCUGUGAGCCCCACUACAUGGUCCUCCAGUAUGACAGCAUGUCCAUGGUUGUGCACAUUGACUGA